AGAGCGGCGCGGAGAGGCCGCUGCGGGGGGAGCCGGCGGCCGCCGCUGCCGCCCAGGGCCCUGGGGCCCCGCCGGCCAGGCCCGCCGCUCGUGGCCCGCGCCCUUCCUGCUCCUCCUCUGCCGCCGCCUCCUCGGUCGCCGCUGCCCGCGCCGCCCGCGCCCUCCGCGCCCUCCGCGCGCAGCUGAGCCCGCGCCGGGCCGCGCCGGCUCCUUCCAUGCGGGCGGCGCGGGCCCUGGGAGGGGCGCCGGGAGCCAGCCGCGCAGCAUGCACUGGGGGGUUGGCUUUGCCUCGUCCAGGCCGUGCGUGGUGGAUCUAAGCUGGAACCAGAGCGUCUCCUUCUUCGGCUGGUGGGCCGGGUCCGACGAGCCCUUCUCCUUUUAUGGGGACAUCAUCGCUUUCCCUUUGCAGGAUUACGGUGGGAUCAUGGCAGGGCUGGGCUCCGAUCCCUGGUGGAAGAAAACCCUUUACUUGACCGGGGGAGCUUUGCUGGCCGCAGCUGCGUAUCUGCUCCACGAACUCCUGGUCAUUAGGAAACAGCAAGAGAUUGACUCUAAAGAUGCUAUAAUUUUGCAUCAGUUUGCAAGACCUAACAAUGGUGUCCCCAGUCUGUCUCCUUUCUGUUUAAAAAUGGAAACUUACUUAAGGAUGGCUGACUUACCCUAUCAGAACUAUUUUGGUGGAAAACUCUCUGCUCAAGGGAAAAUGCCUUGGAUUGAAUAUAACCAUGAAAAGGUUUCUGGCACAGAAUUCAUAAUUGACUUUCUGGAAGAGAAACUUGGAGUGAAUUUAAACAAACAUCUUGGCCCUCAUGAAAGAGCUGUCUCCAGAGCAGUGACCAAGAUGGUGGAGGAGCACUUCUACUGGACGUUAGCUUAUUGCCAGUGGGUGGACAAUCUCAAUGAGACCCGGAAGAUGCUCUCUCUUAGUGGUGGUGGUCCCUUCAGUAACCUGCUGAGGUGGGUCGUGUGCCACAUAACGAAAGGAAUUGUGAAACGCGAGAUGCAUGGCCACGGCAUUGGCCGCUUCUCCGAAGAAGAGAUUUACAUGCUGAUGGAGAAGGACAUGCGGUCUUUAGCGGGGCUUUUGGGUGAUAAGAAGUACAUCAUGGGGCCCAAGCUUUCCACUCUUGACGCCACCAUCUUUGGACAUUUGGCACAGGCAAUGUGGACCUUACCAGGGACAAGACCCGAGCGGCUGAUCAAAGGUGAGCUGAUCAACCUCGCCAUGUACUGUGAGAGGAUAAGGAGGAAGUUCUGGCCGGAGUGGCACCAUGAUGAUGACAACACCAUCUACGAGUCUGAGGAGAGCAGUGAAGGCAGCAAAACCCACACCCCCCUGCUGGAUUUUAGCUUUUACUCAAGGACAGAGACCUUUGAAGAUGAGGGAGCAGAGAACAGUUUUUCCAGAACCCCAGACACGGAUUUCACUGGACACUCGCUCUUUGAUUCUGAUGUGGACAUGGAUGACUACACAGACCACGAACAGUGCAAGUGACGUCUGGCCUUGUUGACCCUCUUCCUUUGGAGCUGCAACUCCCUGGGGUCAGUCCAGUUUCCCAGGUAGAAAUCCAGCUGAGCUGGGAGGAAAUCUUCGUGCUUGGCACAGUUUUCACACGCUACCUGGACUAUAGCCGCCUUAUUUCUUUUUUGUACAAACAAAACACAGAACCAUUCAGAUGGCUCCAUUUAAAACAAACAGGCAAAAAAAAAAAAUAUGUCAGCAUGGUUCCUGAAAUCCAUUUUUGUUUUCAUUAGAAAACUAAUAUUGUGUGGUAGAGCAGGUGAAAGAGCAGGUUGUCCACUUAGAGUGCUUAUGUUGAUCCUCUUUACCCUGAGGGCUUAGUUGCGAGAUGGAUUCUUGAACCUCCUUCAUCCACCAGGGUUUGAAAUAGUGAGAGAUACCAGAAAAAAUGCAGGAGAUAAAUGUUUUACGGUGGCUGCUUGUAUUUUAUGUGUGUAUAUUGUAUGUUGAGACAUAAGUCAAAUAAAAUUCACAGAUAU